UUUGGCGCAAACAAAGUCGAAGUCCACUUUCAAAGCUCUGGAGUACGCACCUCUCACUUCUUACACUCUUUUCACCGCUGCAGUCCCUUAAGCGCUCUUGUUCGCCCUUGCAAUGAUAUAGUUACCUCGACUCCCCCGCAGCUGUACCACCAAACGCCUACACUCUGCCAUAAUGGUGCCUGGAGCUCAAGCGCGGCCUUACAAGGACUUCCUCACCCCCUCACUGCACAAGCGGUUCGCGGAUGCCAGCUUCUAUACGCUGAUCCUCUGCUUCUUCAUUGCGGUAUGGAUGGGCGAUCUGGAUAACGUAAUCUGGUCCUGGUUUCCAAUCGGCCCCGCAGGCAUUCGGACGACGCUUCUAUUUAUCCCAGCCCUCAUAGUUUACAUCCUUCGUGUCGCGCAAUACCACGUCGGUCGCCGGAACACGCAAACACCAUGGGAAACCUUCAGCAAGUACACGCUUCGACAGAACACCUUCAUGACAAUCGCUUGCUACAGCCUCUCUGCAUGGUUCUACACCGAGGUGUAUAUUUGGGGUCGGUCGGGGAACGAUAGGCUGGGCUUCACGGAGCAGGGAAAAUAUCAUGAGCGAAUCAAGCUCAAUGAGCGGCCCUUUUUCCUACGGUUCCUGUUCAUUGUUUUGGCUGUGGCCCAAGGCAUUGUGCAUCUUUGGAAGGACUACGACAAGAUCGAGAUUCCGGCCAUGAAACCAAAGAAGGAACGGGAAGGUGCGACGGCUACCGAAGUGCAGAUGAAGCCUAGACAAGCACUUACGCAGCAGCUGAAGCCAAUGGGUAUACGCGCUCUUGCGUUAGCCACACUAACCUUAAUCGCCGGGACCACCUUCUACUUCCUGGGCUUCCGAUACAUAUUCUGGGAGUACUAUUUUAGGUGGGCGAGGUGGCUGGUAAGCCUUUCGAAGACCUCGAAGCCCACUGGACUGCCCCCCUUCAUCCCAUUGGUCAUGAUGUUCAUGGCGGAGGGGAGUCUGCUCGCACUACUAUGGCAAUUCGUCAAUUUGGCCUUCAACCUAUACAUAUCUCAGGAGCCGUUGAAGAAGGACAAACCCAUCACAAGCGACUCCAAGGAUCCCAAUGGCAGUCUCUUGAACGGCCUAAAGUCCAAGAAGAACGAGGUCAAAGCUGUCGCCUUCUGGGAACUGGCUCUCAUAACGGACCGCUUUCUCGAGCGUCGCAAGACCAUCUACGGCGAACUGAAUCGCAAGAAGGCGGCUACCUUCAAGCAGGUAUCCGAUAUCUGCCUUGCCGAGAUUCGUCUCCUCACCUCUCGCAUCAACAUAGCUCUGGACCCGAAAUACAGCCCGGCGGAUGCCGGCCAAAAAAAGCAGCCCGAGCCCAUCUCGCUCGUACCGCAGAUCGCUCAGCCUCUGAAGGAUGGCCAGAUCAAAGGCCCUGGCUAUGCCCCGACAACCCGCAUGGAAAAGUUCGGAUCUUUGACCGCCGACAUCGCAAAGACGCAUAGUUCCCCCCAGAACGCCCAGUCUGCAUACGCGCGCGAAUACCUCAAGAAGGGUCAAGAGAAGUUCUCUCAAGGCGCAAAGGAAGCGGAAACUAUCUACUCCUCCUAUUUCUCGAAGCUCGUCGCUUCACCCCUAGGCUGGCCCUUUCGCGCCAGCCUUCGUCGUACCGCAUCUCUUAUCAUCACCGGCGCACCUUAUUCGCAAAUCUCACUCCUCUGCAACGCCGUGACUACGCUCACAAAUCUCACCGUCUAUAGCAUCAAAGAAGAUGAAUACGGCCGCUUCCAGGAGGAGGUACCUGAGAUUGUCCGCGUGUUUACCACUGCGAUCAAAAAGAUCGACGAGUAUGUGGCAAGCCUUCAGGUUCACUGGUCGGACUUUGAGACUCUCGCUAGGCCGGAAGCGGAACGGAAAAAGAUUCCGGAAGUGGAUGAGGUGCGGGAAUGUUUGGUGAUGGGGCUGGAGAGGGUACUGGGCGCCUUCAAUGAGUACCUCAUGUCGAUGGGCAUGUCGCGGUUAGAGACCCAAGAGGCGAAGAAGUGCGUUUCUAGAGGCCCGGAGAUGGCUGUUGCGCGAUGAUCGCUCCUUGGUCUUGAUGUUGGGUUUGGAGGCAUGAUGAAGUGUAUACUCAAUAUUUCCAAGUACUGAUGGGGCUUCGAGCUCUAGAUGAAUAAUAUGACAAUGAUACCAAGCU